AUGGCUGCCGCUCCUCCUCACGGCCACACUCCAGUGGGGGCCGCAGCGGCCACGUCCGCCGCCGUAUCCAUUGCCUGCUCGUCCUCCGCCGCUUCCUGUAACGAAGAUGACGAUGACUAUGGCGGCGCGUCGUCCUCCUGGUCGCUGUCCUCGCCGCGCCGCGGGCAGCCGUACCGGCGCCUCCUCCGCGACGAGGCCCAGCGGCUCCGGCGCGCGCGCCGGGGCCAGGGCCCGGGCGCCGACACGCCGCGGUGGGUGCGCCGCACCACGGACCAGAUGGCCCGGUACGUCGAGGACGACCGCGCGGGGCACGUGUACGGCCGCCACGUUGUCGCCGCCGUCCGCACGGUGCGCGCCACGGCGUCGCGCCCGUCCGCCGACAUGCGCCAGGCCAUGGCGUCGUUCGUGACCAGGCUCACCUUCCGCGAGAUGUGCGUCGUACUCCGCGAGCAGCGCGGCUGGCGCCAGGCGCGCGACUUCUUCGCUUGGAUGAAGCUUCAGCUGUGCUAUGAACCAAGCGUUGUAGCCUACACCAUUCUGCUGCGGUUGUAUGGCCGGGUUGGGAAGAUCAAGCUUGCUGAAGAGACGUUUCUUGAGAUGCUGCAGGUUGGCUGCGAGCCUGAUGCAGUGGCAUGCGGGACCCUCUUGUGUGCAUAUGCUAGGUGGGGGCGACACAAGGACAUGAUGCUGUUCUACUCGGCGGUGCGCAGGCGCGAAUUAGUUCCCCCAGUCUCGGUCUACAACUACAUGAUCUCGUCUUUGCAGAAGCAGAAGCUGCAUGGCAAGGUCAUCCAUGUGUGGAAGCAGAUGCUGGAAGCUGGCGCGCAGCCUAAUCAGUUCACAUAUACAGUUGUCAUCAGCUCCUUUGUCAAGGAAGAUCUCUUGGAGGAGGCCAUGGAUGUGUUUGGUGAGAUGAGGCGGUGUAGGUUUGUUCCGGAAGAGGCGACUUAUAGCCUUUUGAUCAGCGUGAGCUCCAGACAUGGCAAAGGAGAACAGGCAUUGCGGCUUUUUGAAGAGAUGAAGGCUCAGGGAAUUGCCCCCAGUAACUACACCUGUGCAUCUCUCUUGGCCCUGUAUUAUAAGAAUGAAGACUACUCAAAGGCUCUUUUGCUCUUUUCUGAGAUGGAAAAUAGUAAGAUCAUUCCUGAUGAGGUUAUCUAUGGAAUUCUUAUUAGGAUAUAUGGUAAGCUUGGGCUUUAUGAGGAGGCAGAGCAAACGUUUGAGGAAAUUGAGAAGGCGGGUCUUCUGAGCGACGAGCAGACUUAUGUGGCAAUGGCUCAAGUUCACUUGAAUAUUGGAGAUCAUGAUAGAGCAUUGGAGGUGUUAGAAUCUAUGACUACUAGAAAUGUGAAGCCUUCACACUUUUCUUAUAGCGCUCUUCUCAGAUGUUAUGUUGCAAAGGAAGACAUAGCUGCUGCAGAAGCUACCUUCAGAGCUCUCUCCCAACAUGGCCUGCCUGAUGCGUUUUGCUGUAAUGACCUGCUCAGAUUGUAUAUGAGGCUGGGACAUCUAGAGAAGGCCAGGGCACUAGUUUUAAAGAUGAGGCAAGACGAUUUCCAGCUUGAUGAGGACCUCUCUAUGACAGUGAUGGAAUUUUAUUGCAAAAGCAGUAUGAUUAAGGAUGCAGACAAAUUAUUCAAAGAUAUUCAGAGAAACAGAAAAACCGUGAAGAUUCCAACAAUGCUUUUGCUUAUAGAGAUGUAUGCUAGAAACAGAUCCUGUGUGAUUCUGAAAGAGCACAGCUCGUCAAAGGCACUCGAUGAAACUGACAGUUCAGCAGCUAGCGUGGUGUUGAAAUCCUUGUUGGACAUGCCUGGGGGCCUGUCCAGUGUGUCCCUACUGAUCAGCAAAUUGGCUAGGGAAGGGAGCACAGAUGAGGCAAAAUUCAUUUAUGAUCAGCUGACUGAAUUGGGAAUCAAGCCUGAUGAUUCAGCAAUCGCUACUUUGAUUGUCCAGUAUGGCCAGGCCAAGCAGUUAGAGCAAGCACAAGAACUAUUCAAGUCAGCAUCAGCAUUCUUUCCAGAAGGAGCAAAUGUUUACAAUGCCAUGGUUGAUGCAUUCUGUAAAUGUGGCAAAACUGAAGACGCAUAUCAUCUUUUCAUGGAAAUGGCUAAAGGCGGUAAUAGAGAUGUUGUGACAGUUAGCAUUCUUGUCACUCACCUAACUAAACAUGGGAAAUUUCAAGAGGUUGAAAACAUCAUACAUGGCUGUUUCCAAGAUGAAGUUCAGCUCGACACUGUCUUGCACAAUACUUUUAUCAAGUCAAUGCUUGAGUCAGGUAAACUGCAUUCAGCCAUCAGCAUCUAUGAUCGUAUGAUAUCCUCUGGCAUUUCUCAGUCUAUGCAGACAUUUAAUUUAAUGAUAAGUGUUUAUGGCAAAGGAGGAAAGCUGGACAAGGCUGUUGAAAUGUUUGCUGCUGCACAGGAGCUAGGCUUGCCGAUUGAUGAAAAGAUGUACACAAACAUGCUUAGCUUAUAUGGAAAAGCCGGUAGGCAUCAGGAGGCGUCUUUAAUGUUCAAAAGAAUGAAGGAAGAUGGCAUCAGGCCUGGAAAGAUCAGCUUCAAUUCCAUGAUCAAUGCCUAUGCCACUUCAGGACUGUAUAACGAGGCGAAAAGCAUAUUCCAGGAGAUGCAGGACUGUGGUCACGCUCCCGACUCGUUCUCCUACCUCGCGCUGAUUAGAGCAUACACGGAGGCUAAACUGUACACUGAGGCAGAAGAAGCCAUCCAGAUGAUGCUGAACAGCAACACAACCCCUUCCUGCCCUCAUUUCAGCCACCUGAUUUUCGCCUUUCUGAAGGAAGGCCAGAUUGGUGAAGCCCAGAGGAUCUACAACCAAAUGAAGGAGGCAAGUGUGGCUCCUGAUCUGGCCUGCUGUAGGACCAUGAUGAGGGUGUACAUGGAGCACGGUCUCAUGGACGAAGGCAUCUCUCUCUAUGAGACGACGCGCGGCUCGCUGAAACCUGACAGCUUCAUCUUGAGCGCUGCGUUUCAUCUGUAUGAGCAUGCAGGCAGGGAGUCUGAAGCCCAGGAUGUCCUGGAUGCCAUCAGUGUGAGUGGUACCUCCUUCCUGAGGAAUAUGAAGAUUGGAUCGAAGCUUUGA